UCCAGCGCGCGAAACACGGGCAGGGUGGCGGGGGCGAGGAGCCGGGGUGGAGCCUGGCGUCCCCUCCAGCGUCCGGCCGCGCCCGUCAUCAGGGCUGCGGCUAGAAGCCGGGCUGCCGUUGCGGCCAACGGGAUCGCUCCCUGCGGUGCUCUGCCACGGUGGAACUGGACGCACUGAGCUUCAGCAGCCGGGUCGCCAGCUUCCUUUCCCUUGCGGGGGCGUCGAGCUCGCGCGUGCGCAGCGAGAGAGGGAAGAGGGCCAGGACCCCCGGCUUACCCUACGCUGGGCGACCGGACAGCCCGGAGGUGAAUUGGGAUGAGCUUCCCAGCUCUGCGACUCCACUGAGGGAGACGCCUGGGAGCAGAGGGUCGCUGGCCCGCCGCAGUGCGUGAGGCCAUGGCGUUCCUGUCCGGGCCGCGCCUGCUGGACUGGGCUAGCUCGCCACCGCACCUGCAGUUCAAUAAGUUCGUACUGACUGGCUACCGGCCGGCCAGCAGCGGCUCGGGCUGCCUGCGCAGCCUCUUCUACCUACACAAUGAGCUGGGCAACAUCUACACACACGGACUAGCCCUGCUGGGCUUCCUGGUGCUUGUGCCAAUGACCAUGCCCUGGGGUCAGUUGGGCAAGGAUGGCUGGCUGGGAGGUACACAUUGUGUGGCCUGUCUGGUCCCCCCUGCAGCCUCUGUGCUGUAUCACCUCUUCAUGUGCCACCAAGGAGGGAGUCCUGUGUACACCCGGCUCCUUGCCCUGGACAUGUGUGGAGUCUGCCUUGUCAACACUCUUGGGGCCCUGCCCAUCAUCCACUGCACUCUGGCUUGCAGACCCUGGCUUCGUCCAGCCGCCCUGAUGGCUUACACUGCACUGUCAGGUGUGGCUGGCUGGAGAGCCCUCACUGCCCCCUCUACCAGUGCUCGGCUUCGAGCCUUUGGUUGGCAAGCCGGGGCCCGCCUACUGGUGUUUGGGGCCCGUGGUGUAGGACUGGGCUCAGGGGCUCCAGGCUCCCUGCCCUGCUACCUGCGCAUGGAUGCACUGGCAUUGCUUGGAGGGCUGGUGAAUGUGGCACGUCUGCCAGAGCGUUGGGGGCCCGGUCGCUUUGACUACUGGGGCAACUCCCACCAGAUCAUGCACCUGCUCAGCGUGGGUUCCAUUCUCCAGCUCCAUGCUGGUGUUGUACCUGACCUGCUCUGGGCUGCCCACCAUGCCUGUCCCCCAGACUGAGCUGUCUCCUAACUGCCAAACCAGCUUGCCCACAGCUUCCUGAGACAAAUAAUCCCAUCUUCCCUCCUUUGCUGAUCUGCAAGGGGCUGGUUCCCUGGAAGAAGCAGCACAUGGGACUUCCUUUUGGGAGACCACUCUUCAUUCCUCCCUGUGGAUUAAUCUCUCCCUGCUAACUUCCCUCCAGGCACUGUUUUACUGUCAGCUAGAAGGAAAUCGUUCUUUGAGCUUCAGUUUACCCUGUUUGACCCGUGAGAGUCUCUGAACUCAUGUCUGACAGUGAGUCUGGCCACUUUUCCAAGCCCCCAGCCCGGAACCACUGCUCAUACCUUGCCACUCCCACAAGAUACUUUCUGGAUUCUUGAACUGGCCUCUCUGCUCCUGCUUCCUGACCUCCAUCUUUCUGCAUGCCAAACCUCUCAGCAGCCAGAAUUUUACCAUUCCUGUCAUUCCUGAAGUCAGGAUGCAGGGCAGUGGGACCAAGUCCUUCUCUCAGGACCAAGUGGGCAUUGGUCCUGCUUGUAUUGUCUGGCCAAGAGACAUGAGAGGAGCGGCUGCUUUCCCUAGGCAACAGGCACGGAUGUGGAAUGGUGGCUUUGGAUACAGGCCUCACUGGCCCAAGGACUCACCUUCAGUGCCAUGGUCUGACUGAUUGACCUGCCCACCAGAGACAUGUCUGCUCAGGAAAUCGCUAUACAGUGCGUGGCUCCAGUCUGCUGGCCAAAGGCCACUCUAGCAGAGGGUCGCCUCAUAGCCAGAUCAUCCCCGAGGCCUAAGACCCUAGGCAACAUCAAUAAAGGGACAAGAAAUGCUAUGUAGCCACAUGAGCAACCUUGGGUGUUCCCAAGAUUCAUUACUUUUUAUUAGAUACAGAAGUUUCUGGAGGAGAGGUAGGAAAGGGGGUCAGAGAUUUAAAAGCACCAAGGCUGGGCCUGUGGCUCAGGCUGGGUCUAGUGAGUCCUCAAACAGGCUGAGGAGGUUCCGUGGCUCAAAGGUAGGACAGGGACCUCUAGGAGGCUCUGAGUCCAUGUCAGUUAGGUCUAGGGCAUCCCUUUGGGGAGGAAAGAAAAAGAAAUAGGACGUUAGGUCCCAAAGUCCACUGUCCCCAGCCCUAGGUCCCGGGCUUGCUCACCUCCUCACCUUGGUUUGUACCUGCCUCGAGGGGUAGAGGUUCUCCUAGUGAUCCGGGACAGGAUGGUCUCUGGGGAGAGUGAGGGACUGCAAGAAAGGACAGGUCAGCAGGGUGUUAGGGUUGAGGAAGGUAGGACCAAGCCAGUUCUGAUCCUACUUGGUUCUAGGCCCCUGCUUGGUGAAGCUAGAAGGCCGUAACUGAAACAAUAAACACACACUGACAGCUGUCAAGUCUUCCUA